AUGGAGGACGUCUACCAACACUUUGGACGGCACAGUCUUUGGGACAAGCACGAUGUCUUCAAGUCCCCCACUUUUGAUGUGACUGAAAUAUGGGUCGACUUGGAGGGCAAAAAUAAAAGCCUUAUUCAAAAUCGAACGAUCUCUUCGCCUGACGUCGACAACUGGCUCGACGAACCUUUUUGUCAGUCGCUCCCCUCCCUUUCCGGGACAGGCACCCGGGCGGUCCGCAUCGUGUGGGUUGGUCAAGAUGUGGUGGUGGGAGGGGGUCGUUCUGGUCCAUCAGCCAGAAUUCUGGAUCAGCUGGCGGAGAGGUGGGGACUGCGGUCUGCAAUGGACUAUGCUCGCAGCUCCUUUGCUGGUGUCUCCGCAUGCCCCGGCCGGGAUAACUCCGCCGUCUUCACCGUCACCUAUCACCCCAAGUUGGCAGUCUCAUGGUCCUACAACAUCACCACCAUCGGAGCCCCUCGAACUCAUGCUGUCAUCUUUGCUGAAGGGGAAGAGAGGGCCGAGUUGUCCCGUAUUCUCAAGUCAACCUGGGGGCCGGCACUGGCCACCGAUGCCAUGUUCCCGGCUCUUAUUUGCAGCUUACUACUGGCCCACGAGCUAGACAGCACCUUGGACGAUAUCAAAAAGGUGGUUCGUGAGGUGGAGGCUCGUACGGGACACCACAGAUUCACUAGUCGAAGAGAAACACAGCCUGCGGCGGGGGAACUCGGUCAGCUGUCAGCUCAGAUGAGCGGGUGCGCUGCCAAGCUGGCAAAUGGUGCUCGCAAGCUGAAGCUUGUCGAGGAAAUCAACCAUCUCAUCAGUCACCACUCUUCCUCUCCUCCGCUACCUGCAGCAACGCAACGUAAUCAGACGCAACCACCGAAUUCGGCCUCUUAUCGCUUCUAUCAAACCCUGCCCCUCCAAACGGAGACGGCACAACAGCCGGCUGGCGCGCCAACAGCAUGGGUUUCCCUGCUCUCCCACCGUGCCACCAUGCAGCAGACUGAGUUGACGUACACACAAUCCCGCAUCGACAUCCAGAUCCGGGCCCUCUUCCACCUGAUUGCACAGCAAGACAACGCCAUCGCUUUCGACACAGCCUCGGCGACUCGGAGCAUCGCUGCUUCCAGCCUUCAGGACUCGAGCAGCAUGAAGAUGCUGGCUUUGGUAGCUAUGUUCUUCCUGCCUGGUAGCUUCAUCGCGGCACUAUUCAGCACCCCGCUUUUCAAGUGGGAUGAAGCGGCAGCGGCAGAGUCAGGGUCUACCAUGAGGGUGGGGACAAGACCACAGUUUGCGCUCUUUUGGGCCGUUACUGUUCCCAUCACGGUUGCGGUAUUCAUCAUGUACGGGGUAUGGAUGUGGGUGGUCAAGAAGAAAGACAAGAGGAGAAGGAAGAAGGGUCUGCAGGUACUUGUGUGA